AUGCGCCUCUCGACCCGCUCGACGUCGUCGCUUUUCCUCACCACCCUCUCAUUCGUCUCCAUCGCAUCAGCUCACGGCGGACACAACAAGGUCCCAGAAGGCGAAGCCAUAUCAGAAGAGCCAAUCGACCUCCGACUAUGGCUGCAUAUCCUCCUCAUGACCCUGACUUUCGGUCUCCUCUUCCCACUAGGCAUGGUUCUAGGCAUAGUUCGCAGCAGAUGGCAUGUCCCUGUCCAGACCGUCGCAGCCGCAAUCUUUGUCCCAGCGUACUUCCUAGGUCAUUUACACAAGGGAAGACAAUUCGCUGGACCGCAUGUGCAUGCCUAUUUUGCGAAUGUGGUGUUGCUCAUGUUGGUUGCGCAGGUCACGUUGGGUGCGGGACUGAAACUGCAUCUUGAGAAUAAAAGUGGAUGGGUGGGCAGGGUAUUUGGCGGAAAAGGUGGAUUGUAUGGACGGAGAAUGAUUGUGAUUGUGCAUGGUCUGAUUGGAAAGAUUUUCCCUGUGGUGAGCUGGACUCAGAUGCUGUUUGGCGGAAUCGUCGCGAUGGGGUACUGCCGAGGCGACCACUUGGGUCAGUGUUUGGCUCAUUUCAUCAUGGGUUCUGCAUUUAUUGGGUAUGGUAUCGUUAUGACUAUUCUUUUGUUGGUGGGACAGGCUUGGAUAAGAAAGACGGGCAAGAGUCAGGAGUUCUUUGAUUCGAUCGUCAUUGCGCUUUGGGGCUGUGUCAACACCUUCACCGAGCAUAGAUGGGGUCAUCCGUGGGUCAAGAACGAUUUACAGCACACAAGCAUGGGCAUAAUCUGGUGGUGUGCAGGUCUAUUAGGAAUUUGGUUGAGCAGAAGCCGGGGAGGGCGGCCAAGGAGAAAUGUGAUACCCGCGCUGGUUAUUAUCUUCACUGGUUGGGGCAUGAGCGCGCAUCCACAAGAGCUGCCUUUGAGCACAAUGGUCCAUACCAUUUUCGGUUACAGCUUGAUGGCUGCAGGUGCUGCCAGAAUCAUCGAGAUAUCCUUUGUCCUCCGCGAUAGCAGAGGCGCUGGUGAGCCGAACAGCUGGCAGCAUUUGACUCCAUUCCUCCUCUACGCCUCCGGCUUCCUCUUCAUGGGCGCCACCGAGGAGCAAAUGGCCUUCCUUUCCGCCGCCAACGUCACCCACGUCUCCUACAUCCUCAUCCUCUACUCCGUCGCCUUUCUCCUCUACCUCUUCGUCAACAUCCUCCUUCACAUCUACGCCCAACACACCUGGCCCGAUGACGAAUCUAAUGGCCAGAUUGCCCUCGCGAAGCAGAUGCGUACGACGCGCGGCGCUCACAGCCGGAGUGUUAGUUUCGUUCCCGGCUCUGUGGGGCUUGGAGUUGUGAAUCGUACACCGAGUGCGAUACAGAGUCCGUUCUUGGACGUUCCUGAAGAAGAGGAUGAGGAGGAGAAGGAAGGAAGAGCGAGGAUUAAUGGACAUGCGAAACCGAAGCAGAAACCGAGGUUGCCGAGUCGGAGUCAUAGGGUGACGGAUAGUCAACAGGUGAGGGAUGCGGAAGAGUUUGAGCUUGAGGGUUUGAUUAGUGAUGUUGAUGAGGAUGCCGAGGAUGUGGGACGCGACAACAAAGAGAGGAAGAGACAGGGAGAUAAAGAGGUUGUAUAA